UCAAAUCAAUUUCUAAUUUAGUGAAAUGGUGUAUGUGAAAUGAUUUUGUAAACGAUAACAUUGCGUUCAUAUUGUGAAAGCGGCAUUUGUCCAGGCUUGGGAUCUUAAAGACUUACAAUAAUAAUGUGUACUGGAUAAAAAUGCCUAAAAAGCCUGCAUUUAACUACAAUUAUACCCCUCUAUGGACGGAAAAUAGGGAACAAAUAAAAGAGCGCACAGGAAAAUGGUGUUUCUGGAGGCGGAGGAGGUUCAUCGUGGCCCUGCUGGCCUUUUUCGGCUUCUUCAACGUGUACGCGCUGAGGGUCAACCUGUCAGUCGCCGUGGUCGCAAUGACAGAGCCUGUCGAGACCAUACUUGACAAUGGGACUGUUGUUUAUAUACCAGAAUUCGACUGGAGUUCUCAAACGAAAGGAUUGGUGCUUAGUUCCUUCUUCUACGGGUACAUUGUGACCCAAAUACCCGGUGGCUGGCUGGCGGCUAAAAUAGGAGGUAACAGGGUAUUUGCCAUAGGCAUUGGUGCCACAUCACUGUUGACUCUGCUAACGCCACCUCUGGCGUACACCAGCACUGGGCUGCUGAUUGCAGUCAGGGUCGUGGAAGGACUGUUUGAGGGAGUGACGUACCCCUGCAUCCACGCAGUAUGGUCUCGCUGGGCGCCGAGCGAGGAGCGCGCCAGACUUGCGACCUUCGCUUUCAGCGGUAGCUACGCCGGCACCGUCGUGUCUAUGCCCGUCUGCUCGCUGUUAGCUAAUUACACCGGAUGGCCUGGAAUCUUCUAUGUUUUCGGUAUCAUGGGUUUAGUUUGGACGACCGUGUGGUGGCUUGUCGUCAAAGAAUCACCUGAGAAGGAUCCUCUUAUAACACCAGCUGAAUUGAAAUAUAUACAGGAGUCUCGCGGCACUCCGGCCGUAGAAGGAUCCCAGCUCCGACAUCCGUGGAAGGCAAUGCUUACUUCUCCGCCGGUGUGGGCCAUUGUGAUGGCGCACUUCAGUGAAAACUGGGGAUUUUACACGCUACUCACAUUCCUGCCCACUUUUAUGAGAGACGUUUUCAAAUUCGAGAUCUCCCAAACGGGUUUCCUGUCGGCCGUUCCGUAUUUGGCGAUGGCGCUAGUGUUGCAGGGGGCGGGGCACGCCGCCGACCUCCUCAUGAGGAGGAGGAUCCUGACCAGGACCAACGUGAGGAAACUGUUCAACUGUACAGCUUUCUUGGCACAAACAAUAUUCAUGGUCGCCGCUGCGUAUUCCACGACUGUGGUAGGAUGCCUCGUAUUUCUUACAAUAGCCGUGGGUCUUGGUGGCUUCGCGUGGUCCGGAUUCAGCGUCAACCAUCUCGACAUAGCUCCGCCCCAUGCGAGCGUCCUCAUGGGUCUGUCCAACACCGUGGCGACAUUGCCAGGUAUCGUCAGCCCCCCACUGGCCGGGGCCAUCGUCAUUGACAAGACGGCUGAACAGUGGCGCGUAGUAUUUUUCAUAUCAAGCGCCAUCUAUCUCGUCGGGGCGGUAGUUUACGGCGUGUUCGCGUCGGCUGAGAAACAGCCGUGGGUCGUUGAACCCGAUUGCGAUGCGAGUUUCGACACAGAUGGCGCCUCUGUUACUACGGCGAGAGGCUACGACAACAAGGCAUUGGACAAUUCUGAGAUGUGAAUCCUCGAAUGUUGUUAUUGAUUCUUCUGUUGGCUGUACAGAUUUGGAUACAUACAUAGGUAAUAAGAUACAUACAUACAUACAUAGAAUCACGUCUAUAUCCCUUACGGGGUAGA